AUGGAAAUGGCGCCUGAACCAACUCAAUCUGGACCAUCAGAUUCAUCCGUAGCUCUAGGCUUCUCCUUGUACCCCACCCCCACCCCCACGCGUCCACCGUGCACGCCCCACUUCUUCUGGCACGUCCGCUCCGCGCACGCGUCUUCACGGCCCGCCGGAAAAGCGCAACGCGCAGAUCCCCUACGCGACGCCCCAAUCGGAGAAGAGAGGAAAAGGAGAGAGCUCUGCGGCGGAGCCAUGUCCGGGCCCGGGGAGUACCAGGAGAUGGCCGCGUCGGUGCCGCCGGCGCUCAAGGCCAUCACGCUCACCCACGUCCGAUACCACCGGGGCGACAGGGUCGGCCUCUUCCUCGCGUGGGUCUCCCUAAUCCCGGUCUUCAUCAGCCUCGGCGGCUUCAUCUCCCACUUCAUGUUCCGCCGCGAGCUGCAGGGCAUCUGCUUCGCCUUGGGGCUCCUCGUCUCGCAGGUCCUCAACGAGCUCAUCAAGCACUCCGUCGCGCAGUCCCGCCCGGCCUCGUGCGAGCUGCUCGAGACCUGCGACUCCCACGGGUGGCCGUCCAGCCACGCGCAGUACACCUUCUUCUUCGCCACGUACCUCUCGCUCUUCGUGCUCCGGCGGUCGCCGGCGAGCCGCGUCAUGGCCGCCUUCUCAUGGCCUCUCGCGUUCCUCACUAUGCUCUCCAGGGUGUAUCUCGGCUACCACACCGUCCCGCAGGUUUUCGCGGGAGCAGUAGUCGGCCUUGUAUUUGGUGCUAUCUGGUACUGGUUCGCCAACACCGUUCUUGCUCAAUACUUCCCAAUGAUUGAGGAGAGCGCAAUUGGGAGGUGGUUUUAUAUCAAGGAUACUUCACAUAUUCAAGAUGUGCUCAAGUUUGAGUAUGAUAAUGCAAGGGCAGCAAGGAAGAAAGUUGCUACUGAUUGA